AUGAGGCUACCCCCGGCGCCCCUGAGGCUGAGCCGGAGCCCGGCGCUGCUGGCCCUGGCGCUGCCCCUGGCCGCAGUGCUGGCCUUCUCCGACGAGACCCUGGACAAAGUGCCCAAGUCUGAGGGCUACUGCAGCCGCAUCCUGCGCGCCCAGGGCACGCGCCGCGAGGGCUACACCGAGUUCAGCCUUCGAGUGGAGGGCGACCCCGACUUCUACAAGCCGGGAACCAGCUACCGCGUGACACUUUCAGCUGCUACUCCCUCCUACUUCAGAGGAUUUACACUAAUUGCCCUCAAAGAACACAGAGAAGGUGAUAAGGAAGAAGAUCAUGCUGGCACCUUCCAGAUCAUAGAUGAAGAAGAAACACAGUUUAUGAGUAACUGCCCUGUCGCGGUCACGGAAAGCACCCCACGGAGGAGAACACGGAUCCAGGUGUUCUGGGUAGCACCGCCAGCAGGAACGGGCUGUGUCAUUCUAAAGGCCAGCAUCGUACAGAAACGCAUCAUUUAUUUUCAAGAUGAGGGCUCUUUGACCAAGAAACUUUGUGAACAAGAUUCCAUGUUUGACGGGGUGACGGACAAACCAAUCCUAGACUGCUGCGCCUGUGGGACUGCCAAGUACAGACUCACCUUUUAUGGGAACUGGUCUGAGAAGACACACCCAAAGGAUUAUCCUCGUCGGGCCAACCACUGGUCUGCGAUCAUUGGUGGAUCCCACUCCAAGAAUUACGUGCUGUGGGAGUACGGAGGAUAUGCCAGCGAAGGUGUCAAACAAGUUGCAGAAUUGGGCUCGCCCGUAAAAAUGGAGGAAGAAAUUCGACAACAGAGCGAUGAGGUCCUCACCGUCAUCAAAGCCAAAGCUCAGUGGCCAGCCUGGCAGCCUCUCAACGUGAGAGCAGCACCCUCGGCUGAAUUUUCCGUGGACAGGACACGCCACUUAAUGUCCUUCCUGACCAUGAUGGGCCCCAGCCCCGACUGGAACGUGGGCCUGUCUGCCGAGGACCUGUGCACCAAGGAGUGCGGCUGGGUGCAGAAGGUGGUGCAGGACCUGAUCCCGUGGGACGCGGGCACGGACAGCGGGGUGACCUACGAGUCACCCAACAGGCCCACAAUUCCCCAGGAGAAAAUCCGGCCCCUGACCAGUCUGGACCAUCCUCAGAGUCCUUUUUACGAUCCAGAGGGUGGGUCCAUCACUCAAGUAGCCAGAGUUGUCAUCGAGAGAAUCGCCCGGAAGGGGGAGCAAUGCAAUAUCGUACCGGACAACGUGGAUGAUAUCGUAGCAGACCUGGCUCCGGAAGAGAAAGACGAAGAUGACACCCCGGAAACCUGCAUCUACUCCAACUGGUCCCCAUGGUCCGCCUGCAGCUCCUCCACCUGCGACAAAGGCAAGAGGAUGCGGCAGCGCAUGCUGAAGGCACAGCUGGACCUCAGUGUCCCCUGCCCCGACACCCAGGACUUCCAGCCCUGCAUGGGCCCCGGCUGCAGCGACGAAGAAGGGUCCACCUGCACCAUGUCCGAGUGGAUCACCUGGUCGCCCUGCAGCAUCUCCUGUGGCAUGGGCGUGCGGUCCCGGGAGAGGUACGUGAAGCAGUUCCCGGAGGACGGCUCCGUGUGCAUGCUGCCCACGGAAGAGACGGAGAAGUGCACGGUCAACGAGGAGUGCACUUCCAGCAGUUGCCUGAUGACCGAGUGGGGCGAGUGGGACGAGUGCAGCGCCACCUGCGGGAUGGGCAUGAAGAAGCGGCACCGCAUGGUCAAGAUGAGCCCAGCCGAUGGCUCCAUGUGCAAAACCGAGACCUCGCAGGCAGAGAAGUGCAUGAUGCCCGAGUGCCACACCAUCCCGUGCUUGCUGUCCCCGUGGUCCGAGUGGAGCGACUGCAGCGUGACUUGUGGGAAGGGCAUGCGGACCCGCCAGCGGAUGCUCAAGUCUCUGGCCGAGCUCGGGGACUGCAAUGAGGAGCUGGAGCAGGUGGAGAAGUGCAUGCUGCCCGAAUGCCCCAUUGAUUGUGAGCUCACCGAGUGGUCCCAGUGGUCGGAAUGUAACAAGUCAUGCGGGAAAGGCCACAUGAUUCGGACCCGGAUGAUCCAAAUGGAGCCGCAGUUUGGAGGUGCACCCUGCCCGGAGACCGUGCAGCGGAAAAAGUGCCGCCUCCGGAAAUGCCGAAACCCGUCCUUCCAGAAGCUGCGCUGGAGAGAGGCCCGGGAGAGCCGGAGGAGCGAGCAGCUGAGGGAAGAGUCUGACGGGGAGCAGUUCCCAGGCUGUCGGAUGCGCCCGUGGACAGCCUGGUCGGAAUGCACCAAACUGUGCGGAGGAGGGAUUCAGGAGCGCUACAUGACUGUCAAGAAGAGGUUCAAAAGCUCCCAGUUCACCAGCUGCAAAGACAAGAAGGAGAUCAGAGCCUGCAACGUUCACCCUUGUUAA